UAGGGAGCUCUUGGCAACCAAGAGGGUGACCUGCCAGUGAGGUCAUAGAGCCCCAAAGUGGCCUCGGGGAAGACAGCCCAACCCUGGGUAUGAACUUUGACCAGAAGGCUGUGAAAUUCCUGGCCAACUUUUAUAUCAAUGGGGGCAAACACUGGACGCAUGGCCCCCUGAGACAGAAAAGGCCCGAGGAGGCCCUGUUGUCCUGGGGCGCGGGUGAGAUGCGGCCCACCAGCAGGAAGGGGACCCCCGUCGGUGGGAGGUCAGGUGUGGGCUCCCCCCAGGAAUGCCCGCCCACCUGUACCCGGACCCAGCGAGGGCUGCUGCUGGACCAGCGACCCCCGCUCCUGGCCGACCCCGCCGUGCCUGGCCCUGCCGAGUACUCUCCCAGCACCUUCGUUCGGGAGAGCUCCCCGCACCCCCACUACAGCAUCGGCCGCAGGCACCCAGGCCCAGAUGGCGGCGGCCGCAGGGCGUGGCACAGCGCGUGGCUGCAGAGCGAGAGCCCCUUCACGCUGAAGGUGGACUUCAAGAGCGAGCGCCAGUGGCCGUCGCCCGCAGACCACGUGCCGUCCAGCCUUCCCACCGGCCCUGCUUUUAGCUUCGCUGGCCGCAAGCGCCCAGGUCGGCCCCGUGUCCGGAGCCCCCGCGCGCGCUCCCUGCUGCAGGGUCCCCCGCGGACCCCCGGCGAGCAGCCCCCAGGCCCCUUCGCCUACGACGUCCGCGCCGGGUUCCGCCUGCAGCGCCAGCGCCCGCCCGCCUUCUCCAUGAGCCGCUCACCCGCCUUCGCUGCCUGGCUGCGGGCCUCCUGCACACCCGGUCCGGCCGCCUACCACGUGGAGGACUCCUACGAAGCGCGCUUCCCCUCCGCGCCCAGGGUGGUCAUUCAGGGCGCGCGCAGGCCCAAGCGCCACGACACGGGCCCCUUCUGCGCGCUCUAGGGCCCGCCCUGCUGAUCGCCGAGUGGAUCCCUGGUUUCCCUGGGGCUCUCCCAGGCCGCCCUCUGGACCCUCACCCAUCCACCCCCUGGGAAUGCUGCUGUGGACAGGCAAGGAGAGCCCAGCCCAGGGUCCUCACCUGCCCACCCCUUGCUCUACCGAGAUGCAGUCGGUUCUUGAACUCCGUGUGUGCCUGGCUGCUGUCCCCUGCCCAGUGGGCUGUGCUGAAGAUGUGGCUGCUGCUUC